GAGAGAUAACCUUAUAAAUGAUAAUAAAUCGGAGCUAAAAUUUCAAAUGUACUGAUGAAUUAGAAAGUUUAUUGCUAUGAAACUUUGUGCAAUAUUUGACACAAAAAAUUUAGUGUUAGUUAUGUGUUUAAUUUAAUGUUAUAGAAAACAUGUUAUUCUCAAAAUUCAAACACUUUUCAAAGUAUGCCUUGAUAGCUGGAACUUUGGUGACAACAAGUUAUAGUUUACAUGAAAAUAACUAUGACAUAAAUUCCUUAGGCAUUGUAAGGUUCACAAGAGCUGCAGCGACUGUUUUAAAAAUUGGAGCAACAUAUAAGAAUGAAUUAUAUGGAUCUGGUCUUGAGAAAGGAAGUCCUCAAUACAACAAACUUAAAUCAGAAAUUCACAAGAAAAGUGCUGAGAAACUUUUAGAUUUAUGCUGUACUAAUAAAGGUGUAUAUAUCAAAGUUGGUCAGCAUAUAGCUACGUUAGAUUAUAUUUUACCUAGUGAAUUUGUUAAAACUAUGAAAAUUUUGUAUAGCCAUGCUCCAAAAAAUGAUUUAAAAGAUGUUUAUAAGGUAUUGCGACAGGAUUUAAAGAAAAAUCCUGAGGAAAUUUUUGAAUCGUUUGACCCAGAGCCUUUAGGAACAGCUUCAUUAGCUCAAGUUCACAAAGCAGUAUUGAAAGAUGGAACGUGUAUUGCAGUAAAAGUACAACAUCCUUAUGUUCAAGGAAAUGCCAAAGUUGACUUGAAAACAAUGGAGUACUUAGUAAAAUUAAUGAGUUUUGCAUUUCCUGAAUUUAAAUUUCAAUGGUUGGUAGAUGAGACGAAAAAAAACAUUCCUCAAGAAUUGAAUUUUGAACAGGAAGGCAAAAAUGCUGAAAAGAUCCAGAGUCUUUUCAAAAAUACUGAAUGGCUGCGUGUUCCAAAAAUUAUAUGGGAUCUGACAACUCCAAGGGUUUUAACAAUGGAAUUUGUUGAAGGUGGUCAAGUAAAUGACUUAGAUUAUAUAAAAGAACAAAAGAUUGAUCCUUACGACAUCAUAGACAAACUUGGAAAAUUGUACUCCCAAAUGAUUUUUAAGCAUGGAUUUGUUCACAGUGAUCCACAUCCUGGUAACAUUCUGAUUUCCAAAUCUGAGAGAGGUGACUGUAAUUUAACUCUUCUAGAUCAUGGUUUAUAUGCGGUUCUGAGUGAUGAGUUCCGACUAAACUAUGCAAAUUUUUGGUUGAGUAUAUUGAAUAGAAACAGGCAAACCAUGAAAUUACACAGUAAACAAUUAGGAAUUGAUGGAGAUCUUUAUGGAAUGUUUGCCUGUAUGGUAACAGGUCGAUCAUGGGAAAGUAUUAAUAAAGGAAUAGUAAUAGAUGGAGUUCCUUCUAAAGGAGAAAUGGAUUUUGUGAAACAAAAUUUAUCUUCAAUUUUACCUCAAAUGUCAACAGUACUAGACAGUGUUAAUAGACAGAUGAUUCUAAUUUUCAAAACUAAUGACCUAAUAAGAGGUAUAGAACACACAUUAAAAACCUCUAAGAAAAUGAGAGCUUUCAAAGUGAUGUCUGAAUGUUGUGUUAACUCGGUUUAUGAUCAGAAGAAAAUGAAUUGUUCAUCAAAUCUCGAAAAGCUCAAGAUUCAACUAGCACAAUUUUGGGCAUUAUUGAAAUUGACUGUUUACUACAAAUACCUGCAACUUACAAAUUUUUCUAUAAGGUUAUUUGUAUGAAUUAUAUUUUUAAUAAUUUAUCUAAUUAUGUGUUCAUAAAAUUCAUAGAUAUUAUUGAAAGAAAAAUAAUUAUAUAAAGAUAUUUUUUUAUUUAUUUGUCUUUUAAAUUCUUGAACUAUUUUGAAAUAUAUUGUUUUGAAAAGAAUAAAGUUUAAGAGUCUGAAAAAUUA